UCGGGCCUUAUAAGAGCAGAACUCAACGGGACCAGGAGCAGAACAGAACCAGAGCCGGACCAGACCAGACCAGACCAGACCAGACCAGACCAGAGACUUCGCCUGAACCAGAAAUGCAGCAGCCACGUUGUCCCGUCUCUCUGGCCGUCGCGGCCCUGGCCCUGUGCAUCCUGGGAGUUUCCUCUCAGCCCAACAGAGACCAGGACCAGUUCCAGAACCAGGACCGGGACCGGGACCUGGACCUGGACCUGGAUCUGCGCCACCACCGUCUGCUGCAGCGGGCUCGUAACGCCGGACUCCUGUCUCAGGACUGGAGCAAGCGGGCUGUGGACGACCUGCUGGCCCGGAUGUCUCUGCCUGACCCCCAGGGCGAGGCCGAGGUGGUUUCCAUGGCGACGGGAGGGAGGAUGAACCUGGAACGCUCCGUCGACGCCAACAUCCCCCCCCGCGAGCGCAAGGCCGGCUGCAAGAACUUCUACUGGAAAGGCCUGACUUCCUGCUGAGGCCCCGCCCCCCGUGGAGGCCACGCCCCUCUGGACCUGGGGCCACGCCCACCUGGACCAGGGAGGCCGGAACGACCAAUCAGCAAUCGGCUGGUUGCAGCGCAACCUAAAUAAUCAAUGUAAUUAUUAAUUAAAGAGAGAAAUCAAUCAA